GCAGUUUAUUUUCAUUCCGUAGUUGAGGAAAAGUCAGCUCAGUUCAACUAUGACUGACUCCAGGUUCCGAGGAGAGUCUCUGCAUUUCUGUGUGGGGAUAUUUGCAGUCGGUGCAGGCGCCUUUCUGCUGGCUGUACAUCAUUACAGUGCAUCCUCAUCAACCUCCGUAAUCCCUAACAACGCUCUGGGUGUUCUGCUUCUUAUAUUAGCUGCUGUUCUGGCUUACACAGGUGUCCGGAAGAGUCAAGGAAACAUAUCAUUAAGUGUUACCUUUUGUUGGACGGUCUCGUCUCUGUGGUGUGGUUCUGGAAUAAACUUUAUACUAACAGGAAGUGAUGUCAUUACCAUCACCGACUUGAAGGAUGCCAUGGUCCCUGGCCUAGCAGCUUUUACCCUGGGUCUGCUUAUUAUAGGAAUUGUGGGGAUUAUUCAUAAUGAAGCUGUUAUUGCUUUGAUGGCAAUUGCUCUUUCUCUUUCUGCUAUUCACGAAAUUGCAAUGUUUUAUAACAGUAGUUUUGGUUCUUCUGCUAUUGCAUGCAACUAUCUUAUAGUAACUUUAAUUGGGGCAUACUUUGUUGUAGGACGCGUAUUCUAUAUUGUCAGUAAGACACAAGUUAACCUACCUGGUACAGGUAUAGCAAAGGGCAAAGCGACCAAGCAAACUGUGACCAAAGGCACAAAUAAAAAAGAAUGCGCAAUCACUUGCUUGAUCCUAAACAUGGUAGCCGCAAGUGUCUUUGGUUGCAAACUACUAGGCAUAACAUCUGUUCUGUUUGUUGGGCAAGUGUCCUGGCUUUGGACAGCUGGUGUGUACCAGACUGGGCUAUGUAUCUUGUCUUAUCGUUCUUACAGCAUGUUAGAUGCUACAGUAUUUGCAUUUUUUUCCAUUCUGCGUUUUGCUGAAGGUUAUUCACUAUUAUAUAGAAAUUUAAACAUUGACCAACCAAAUUUCCCUCUUCCAUUUUUCGUAGUCUUUGCAGUUCUUUUUUUCAUUCUGUCACUUUUUUCAAGCAUAAAAAGCUUAAUAGAUUCUAUGUAUUUGUUGUUUUUUGUUGCAUAUUGCAUUGCAUUGGCAUGUAGCCCCCAGGCAUUUUUUCAUCAAGGGUCCCAAGGAGUUAAUAUUGCAAUUUAUGUGGCAUCUGGCAUUGUGAUGCUCAUUAAAUUAUACAACAUAAAAUCAUCUAAAAAAAUUCCAACUGGGAAGGGUGUGAUUAAGAAACUAUUUAGACAAAAUAACUUUUUUAAACUCCGUCAAGAAAAAGAUUUGUACAACCCCUUUCUUGGGACUUCAAAAUAUAUUGAUGCUGAAGUACUUGCUCACGCCUGCAGUGUUCUUGCUGCCUUUGCAAUUACAAUGCCAGGUGACCCCGGGACACCUCUGAUGACAGUCAUCCUGCCAUGGGUUGUAGUCGCUGGAGGGAUUUAUAAUCUUAUUUGUGGGUCUAUAGCUUUCUCACGUGGCAAGACCCUUGAGAGUUGUGCUUUCACACUUUACGGAAUAAUGUGGAUAAUCUGGGGCAUUACAAGGUAUGGGGGUCUUUAUGGAUCCAAUAGGGGGUUUAAUACAGCUGUAGGUAUCAUUUGCUUCAUGCUUUUUAAUACUUUCAUUAUCUUCAGCACACUUUUCACAUCUAAAGCAUGGUUUAUUUAUUCUCUAACCUUCCAGCUUAUUCUCAUCAGCUUUCUGCUUGAUGCUGUUAAUGCUCUUCCAUUUGGCUAUGACAUUGGUGUCACAAUCAUUUUUGGUUUAGCCAGCUUCUACUGCUUUCUAGCCACAUUAUUUAACAGCUUUUUUGAAGGUCCCCAAAUUCCUGUUGGCAGUGCCUUUAUCAAAAUAAGUGGUGUUUCCAAUGACAAAUCCAAGUGCCCUCAUCUGAUUUCUUCUAGAACAAGCUCAGUCCGUCAGAUUGCAGAAAUAAUGAAGAACGGAGGCAUUUGUGGUAUUCCAACUGAUACAGUAUAUGUACUUGUUGCGGCGUGUAAUCAGCCAGAUGCCGUUGAAAAGGCUUACAAAACAAAGCGCCAGGCCCAGGAUCGCCCAAUGUCCCUGUGGAUUUCCAGUCUUCAGCAGCUGGAAGCGGCUAAACAUUUAUUUAGUCCUCUUCUGUGGGACUUCAUGCAAGCUGCUUGGCCUUCUUCCAUUAGCUUGGUUAUCCCAAGAGGAGAAUGGUUGGAUGUUUUGGGUGCUAAGGACUCUUCAAAAUAUAUAGGUACUCCUCAAAGCAUCGCCAUCAGGAUCCCAGACUGUGCAGUGACCACUCAUUUAAUAGACAUGGUGGGACCCAUUGCAGUUACAUCAGCAAACCCAUCUGGUGAGGCAGACACAACGCACCACAAUCAAGUCUAUGCCAAGCUAGGAGACAAGGUCGAUGGCGUACUGUGUGAUGGGGCCUCUCCAGAAAACAUUGCUUCUACUGUUGUGGACUGCACAAAACUUGAAAGUGGAAACGUUGGGUUUUUUAGGGUUGGCAUUGUCCCUAAAUCACAGGUUCUAAAUAUAUUGCAACAAGUUCAACAGAAGCAUAAACUGGGUUAUGAUAAUGAUGCCUUUACAGCUGAUGAGAUCCCUGGACAAUCAAAUGCGUCAAGUGACAAACAAAACCCUAUAUUAAAUAAAGACUCUGAAGACAGCGGACACAAAGCCUAUGUAAAUAAUGGUUUCACAAUGCACGAUGAAGAAACAAAGCCAUGAUUUUUGUAUAGAAACUGCUGUAAAAAGGAAUUACUUUCAUUGUACAUAAUUAUUCUAUUUAUAUGUGCACUUUAAUUCUUGACAAAAUGUUAUAUGUAUUUAUAUUUGUAUCUAUUUAUUAUUAAUACAAUUUAAUAAGGAAUUAAACAGUUUUAUAAAA